AUGGGUGCUGAGCUGUCCGCUGGGGUGGCUCAGAUGGCCUCUGGUCAACAAGCCUCCGGUCAGCAAAAUACGGCCAAGUACGAAACUGAUCCCAAUCUCCAGCGUACCGCAGGUAUCCCGUGCAUCGUCUGCGGCGAAGACGCACUCUGGAUUCGCGACACUUGCUCGCAGUGCAAGGAGGCCCAAUACUGCUCCGAGGCUUGCAAGGCCACCGACGCCCGAUUCCACAAGCUCCUAUGCACGUCUUUGAAGUACUUUACCGAACCCCCGAAUAAUGGCUACAGACGCGCUGUCGUCUUCGACUAUGACAGUGAUGAGCCUCGAUUUGUCUGGAUUCUUGUCAAGACGGUUGGUGGUGCCGAAUCUCCGGAGCACUACUUGGCUACGUUGAUCGAAGGCCAAGUGGGCUGUAUUCCGAUCGAUACGAAUGCUGUCCGCGGCCGGGUCUUGCAGAACCGAAUUACCGUCUACUUCAGCAAGGACGAGAACGUUAUCAAGCUUGAGAAUGAAUGUGUUGCUGCUGUCGUCAAGGCUGCUAAGCCUUGGGAUGGCAUGACCGAGAGUUCGACCGAUGCUUGGCACGGAACCUACGUCUUCAUGGCCCACAGCGGCUUCAACAAUUUCAGCUUUCGUGAUAUCACGUUCGCCGACUUCAGACAUAUUGUCGACUUCCUCUCGGUCCACGGUCGUGUCUCUACUAGUCCUUCUACCUGGGUAGGUCGAGCUAAGAAGAUUGAAGCCGUUCGCAUUCACGCCUUUGAAGCGGAGGCGCUACAAUUCGAGCAGCUCUACCUCCCACAAGACCACCCCAAGGUUCUCGGACGCCUCGAGAAUCCAAUCAAGGACGAGAAACGCCUCGCUCACUAUGAUAUUCCUGGAGCAUUGAGUAUUCCCCUUUGUUGGACUGAAGGACCGCGCGAUGGGCACGUUGAAGUUUGCCCCGAUCACGCGCCCCUUACAAAUGAAGUUGACUUCGUGCGAUGUUGCUUGAUUCCGGAGAUGGAGGAUCGGUUCCACUCUUGCGGCCCACAUAGGCAAAUGGACUACACAUUUAUCCGAGAGGAUUUGGUCGAUCUUAAGAAGGAACAUAUGAUGGCCAUGAGCGACUUCUGUGUCGAUAAGAUCAUGGGCCUGCAGGAUAACAAUACAUACCAGACCGAGAAGGCUAGGAAGUAUCGUGACAUCGCCACAAAGAAAGCCUUUGAGGGGUAUUGGAAGAAAUGCAAGAGAAACUACGGCUGGGACAAGAAGCUUCUGUCUCCGUAUGAGGCGGAUACACAGGAUGAGAUGGAGGAAUGA